AUGUUUCAACGAACCUACAACAGCUUGUUGGGUCAGUCGACUGAUCCUGAGAUGCAAAACAAGCUUCAAGUCUUUGUCAACGUAUACGACAUGCUUGAACCAAGUCUGCUCACGAACGUUGGCUACGCACUUGGCGUCGGCAUCUUCCAUUCAGGCGUCGAGGUAGCUGGUCGCGAGUAUUGCUUUGGUGGUCAUGAAUACGAAAACCUCACGGGUGUAUUUGCUGUUGAACCCAAGAUUGGACCUCCAGGCGUGUUGUUCAAACAAUCGAUUCCGAUGGGCUACAUUGAUAUGUCUGAUCAAGAAAUUGAGCAAGUGCUUUAUGCAGUUUCCGAAGAUUUUGGUGGGACAACUUACAAUCUCUUGACAAGGAAUUGUAAUCAUUUCACUGAGGAUCUAUGUUCAAGAUUGACCGGUAAGUCGAUACCAGGAUGGAUCAAUCGUGCUGCAAGAUUAGGCGCCAUGUUCCCAUGCGUAGUACCGGAUGAAUGGAUCGAACCCCCUGAAUUUGAAGCUGAUUCUACAACAGGAUCUCCUAAUCAACCAGCAUCACCCACCUUGUCUGACAGCUCCACCGCUCCACUUCGACAACGUACAAUUAAUCGACGCAACUCCCUUUCACACCAUUUUCGACAACAUCAAGGCAAUGCGAACUCAAGUCAUGAGGACAUUGUAUUCAUGCGACCAGCAUCUCCUGUUGUGGAUAAUUUAAAUGACUCAGUCAAAGAACCUGAUAGCAGCACCCGCUCAGCUACACAAUUGUCCAUAGACGCUUCUUUCCACGAGAUUAAUCGAUCCACAUCUUCUUCUUAA